GACAACUUUCCAAUGUGUUGUUGGUUGUGUCCUCUACCUUCUCUGUCUCACAGUGAUUACCUGUUCAAGCUGCUUCUCAUAGGAGACUCGGGAGUUGGCAAGUCAUGUCUUCUUUUGCGGUUUGCGGAUGACACCUACACAGAGAGCUACAUCAGCACCAUCGGGGUCGACUUCAAGAUCAGGACCAUCGAGAUGGAUGGAAAGACAGUCAAGCUACAGAUUUGGGACACGGCCGGGCAGGAGAGAUUCCGCACCAUCACCUCCAGCUACUACAGAGGGGCGCACGGGAUCAUCAUCGUGUAUGAUGUUACUGACCAGGAGUCUUUCAACAAUGUGAAACAGUGGUUGGAGGAGAUUGACCGCUAUGCCUGUGAAAACGUCUCCAAGCUUCUGGUGGGCAACAAAUGCGACCUGGUCUCUAGAAAGGUGGUGGAUUUCAUAACCGCAAAGGAAUUUGCCACAUCGCUCAAAAUCCAGAUUCUUGAAACCAGCGCCAAGAAUGCCAGCAAUGUGGAGAAGGCCUUCCUCACCAUGGCUUCAGAGAUCCAGAAGAGGGUUGGCAGUGAGAGUGUACAGAAUGAGACUGUGAAGAUGGGCUCGAAAAUCAACAGUGCCCCCCUCUGGCCUGGUGGGGAAAAGCAAGCAGAAGAAGCCAACUCUUGCUGUUGAUGGAGAUCCAUGAAGUCAAUCCAUUUACUUUGGCUGUUGGUAGGAGUGAGAGAGGAACUGUCAGUGUGACCAUUUUGAAAGUAGUUUAUAUUCUUCUGAUGUUUUAUUCAAGUGGGCAAUCAAUCCACCCGUGAGUACCUGUGCACAGUGUUUUGCAGUACAUUAUAACUGAAAUGCAAUUUAAAAGACUGAUAUAGUUGUACUUUGAUUAUUGUCGAAAGGACAGUUGCAGUGCUGCAUUUUUGAGAAUUCAUUUUUAUUGAAUAUUAAUAAUUCAGUGCACCUACACGUGUUGAAGAAAUACAAGACUCGAGUGACAUCGCCCGUCCAUGUCUUACAGAAAGUGGGUCAUUAAAAUGAUAAAGUUAUAGUCCCCAUGAUUCUCUCUCCAGUGCAGUUUAAUACAGAUUUGUAUACGAUGUCACAAAAGACUGAUUAACAAUGGAAGGGGUGUCUUUCUCCAUCUCCAGUUAUUUGCUGUUAAUAAUUAUGCUAUUCUAAGGACAGUGGCAGGUACCUCAUCCUGUUUUUUGCUCCUCUGGUUUUGCUAUAUGUUGCAACAAAACAAUUUGUGAUACAAGUGAGUGAAAGACUAUUGUAAAAUGCACUAAUUAAAGGUUAAACAGUUAAACAAUACAGAUAUAUAGUUGAAAAAAAAACCAUGUUUGUGACUCCAUGAAAUGCACAUCUCCUGACUGUAGCACCCAGUAUUUACCGUUUGAAAUGUUUACUUAUUUUAAAUAUGCUUUUUUCUUAAUUGUUUGCCAUGCAGAGUGUUGUUCAUAUUCAAUUUUCACAUACAUGUAGGGCAGUGAGUCGCUG